GGACGCCAUGAACUUGCAGCUGUAAAAUGCGAUGUCUUGGGAGAAAGCAGCCAUUUUGUGCCUUGUUGUGCAGUCAGAGGCACACACUAAGAACUGCAGGGUGAGAGAGAGGACUUGGUUCCUUGCAGACAGCCUCAUCUGAUCAUCACUUGACUCUUCACUACCUGUAACCUCGUCACUAGCCUUUCCUGUCACCCUGUGAUCUCUUACAGUCCAAGAAUUGACCAGGUUAAACCGCAGGUUCCAGGAUGGGCCGACUUGAUGGGAAGGUCAUUGUCCUCACAGCUGCUGCUCAGGGGAUCGGCCGGGCAGCCGCGUUGGCUUUUGCAAGAGAAGGUGCCAAAGUCAUAGCCACAGAUAUCAAUGAAUCCAAACUUCAGGAACUGGAGAAGUACCCAGGUAUUCAGACUCGGGUCCUUGAUGUCACAAAGAAGAAGCAAAUUGACCAGUUUGCCAAUGACAUUGAGAGAGUUGAUGUUCUCUUUAAUGUUGCUGGUUUCGUCCAUCACGGAACCAUCCUGGACUGUGAGGAGACAGACUGGGACUUCUCAAUGAACCUCAACGUCCGCAGCAUGUACCUGAUGAUCAAGGCUUUUCUUCCUAAGAUGCUGGCUCAGAAAUCUGGCAACAUUAUCAACAUGUCCUCUGUGGCUUCCAGCAUCAAAGGAGUCGUGAACAGGUGCGUGUACAGCACAACCAAGGCAGCCGUGAUCGGCCUCACCAAGUCCGUGGCUGCAGACUUCAUCCAGCAGGGCAUCCGGUGCAACUGUGUGUGCCCAGGAACAGUUGAUACCCCAUCUCUGCAAGAAAGAAUACAAGCCAGACCAAAUCCUGAAGAGGCACUAAGCGAUUUCCUAAAGAGACAGAAAACAGGAAGAUUUGCAACUGCAGAAGAAGUAGCCCUGCUCUGCGUGUACUUGGCCUCCGAUGAAUCUGCCUACGUCACAGGUAAUCCUGUCAUCAUUGAUGGAGGCUGGAGUUUGUGAUUUCAGUCUCCUUGCCGGGAAGGCAGGCCCUUCCUGUCCACGGUGAACCUGCUUCAGAAGAAAACUCACCCAUCUUCUCUUUCCAAUUAACUGCAAAUUAAUGAAAACGAGACCUUUUGAUGAUGUCAUUGUUCACAAGAAUCUGAGUCUUUAAAUACAUUAAUCUCUUUCCAUUCUGUUCUGAAAUCAUUGUAGAUUGGUGAGAUAAUGAACUCACUGUAAAAAAGAGUAUUUUAAGAAUAAGCCUCAAUUUGUAAACAUGUAAAAAUUAAAAUGUGAAUAUGAAGGAAAAAA